UCUCAGCCAGAAAGUCUCCGGAGCUUGCGCCAGGCUGCUUGCGGCGCCCCCAACUUAGACGCAGUUGUUGGAAGCGGGCGGGGGAGGAGGCGUCGUUGCUGGAGCUGAGACCAGACGGCCAGAGUGCUCAGGGAUGAACCUCGAGUUGCUAGAGUCCUUUGGACAGAAUUAUCCAGAGGAAGCUGAUGGAACUUUGGAUUGUAUCAGCAUGGCGCUGACUUGCACCUUUAACAGGUGGGGCACGCUGCUUGCAGUUGGCUGUAAUGAUGGCCGAAUUGUCAUCUGGGAUUUCUUGACAAGAGGCAUUGCUAAAAUAAUUAGUGCACACAUCCAUCCAGUCUGUUCUUUAUGCUGGAGUCGAGAUGGUCAUAAGCUCGUGAGUGCUUCCACUGAUAACAUAGUGUCACAGUGGGACGUUCUUUCAGGCGACUGCGACCAGAGGUUUCGAUUCCCUUCACCCAUCCUAAAAGUCCAGUAUCAUCCGAGAGAUCAGAACAAGGUUCUCGUGUGUCCCAUGAAAUCUGCUCCUGUCAUGUUGACCCUUUCAGAUUCCAAGCAUGUUGUCUUGCCGGUCGACGACGACUCUGAUCUGAACGUGGUUGCAUCUUUUGAUAGGCGAGGGGAAUAUAUCUAUACAGGAAAUGCAAAAGGCAAGAUUUUGGUCCUAAAAACAGAUUCUCAGGAUCUUGUUGCUUCCUUCAGAGUAACAACUGGAACAAGCAAUACCACGGCCAUUAAGUCAAUAGAGUUUGCCCGGAAGGGGAGUUGCUUUUUAAUUAACACAGCAGAUCGAAUAAUCAGAGUUUAUGAUGGCAGAGAAAUCUUAACCUGUGGAAGAGAUGGAGAGCCUGAACCCAUGCAAAAAUUACAGGACUUGGUGAAUAGGACCCCGUGGAAGAAAUGUUGUUUCUCUGGGGAUGGGGAAUACAUAGUGGCAGGUUCAGCCCGGCAGCAUGCCCUGUACAUAUGGGAGAAGAGCAUUGGCAACCUGGUGAAGAUUCUCCACGGGACGAGAGGGGAGCUCCUCUUGGAUGUAGCUUGGCAUCCUGUUCGACCCAUCAUAGCAUCCAUUUCUAGUGGAGUGGUGUCUAUCUGGGCACAAAAUCAAGUAGAAAAUUGGAGUGCAUUUGCACCAGACUUCAAAGAGUUGGAUGAAAAUGUAGAAUAUGAGGAAAGGGAAUCAGAGUUUGAUAUUGAAGAUGAAGAUAAGAGUGAGCCUGAGCAGACAGGGGCUGAUGCUGCAGAGGAUGAGGAAGUGGAUGUCACCAGUGUGGACCCUAUUGCUGCCUUCUGUAGCAGUGAUGAAGAGCUGGAAGAUUCAAAGGCUCUAUUAUAUUUACCCAUUGCCCCUGAGGUAGAAGACCCAGAAGAAAAUCCUUAUGGCCCCCCACCAGAUGCAGUCCAAACCUCCUUGAUGGACGAAGGGGCUAGUUCAGAGAAGAAGAGGCAGGCUUCAGCAGAUGGGUCCCAGCCACCUAAGAAGAAACCCAAAACAACCAAUAUAGAACUUCAAGGAGUACCAAAUGAUGAAGUCCAUCCACUACUGGGUGUGAAGGGGGAUGGCAAAUCCAAGAAGAAGCAAGCAGGCCGGCCUAAAGGAUCAAAAGGUAAAGAGAAAGAUUCUCCAUUUAAACCGAAACUCUACAAAGGGGACAGAGGUUUACCUCUGGAAGGAUCAGCGAAGGGUAAAGUGCAGGCGGAACUCAGCCAGCCCUUGACAGCAGGGGGAGCAAUCUCAGAACUGUUAUGAAGACCCUUGAAGUUCUUCGUUUUUCCCUACUUUGCCAUCAUGUGGCCUCUGGACACCGUGGUCAGUCAUUUGAGAUUGACUUUAAUUUAAAACAAAGGCCUCUGCUGCCCACCCAGGAGGUGGAAGGAGUGAAUUUUAUGUUUGAAUGAAGAAGUGAAUUAUGGAAGAAGAGUAUACGUCCCUUCUCUUUCAAGCAUAAGUCCAAAUAGGCUCUCAGGAACGAGGAUUUGUGAAGACGUCAGAUGGGAGUUUUGACUCAUUUGAACUUUAAUACUUAAGUUGCUGGAGAAAAGAUACCUGUUUUGCUCAACUAAUUUUGUUGUACCCAGCAUCGUUUCCUGUCUCCUAUUUGCCUUCCAUCCUCAGUGCAUGUCCUUGAGUGACUUGUCCUAGCUGAAAUUCUGCUACCGGUAUCCAGAAAAACUUCUAUUGCCUCGUCUUUCUCCCUUUUUUAAACUUACCCUCUCACGAGAUACCUCCUGUAUUUCCAUUUGGUGUACAAAGGAUGGGCAGAGAAGAAAGUGCUUGAAAGAUUUCAAGUUUUCAGAAAGGGAAGAAAGAUAAGAAAGUUCCCCUUUUCUUCACAGGCCGGGUUUGGCUUGGGAGUGGGGCCAUGAGAUGUCAGGGUGUCACUUUGUUUCCUUUCGGUGCAUGUUCCCCUCCGGCGUUGGUUCAUUCUCAUUGAUCAUGGUUUUUGAAGAUAGCUAGUUCCAUCUGUCUCCAGCGAAGAAUCAUCAGUUGUUGAUCUUGCUUUCCCUGUGCUGGCUUCCAGAGAUGGAAACAGACGAGGCGUCUCCUGACAAGCUACUCUUGCACUGGGUUGGGAGUGUAAGCCAGGACUAGAGGAAGACCGUCCAGGAGCAGGGCAGCAACAGCACAGUGCAAAUCCAAGAUCGAGCAAAGUUGUUUUAUCACUGCUGUGGCUCUCUGCCCUUCCAUCAGUCAUUGCAUUCUUCCCUUGUUUCCAUGCUCCUUUUCCUUCCACGGUAUUUUCAGUCACUUCCUUUCUGUGAAAGGUUGCUUAGCUUUUUAAAAAAUUUUUAAUUUUUACUUUUGCUGUUCUUUAUAUAAAAAGUAGCAGAUUAGAUGGAUGUGUACAUUAGGUGUUUGAAAUUGUCUGAAAAUCCAGAGUCAAGAGCCAGGUGUGGCAAGGGCUCACUCAGGUCUCUGAGCAGAGCUUUCAGCUGACCAGAAGUGCUUCAUCGGGAUCGUCACGUUCACAGUAUUUUCCAAGGAGAGUUCAAACACUGUGCUUAUUGUGAAAUCUCUCAUCAGCUGUGGAUGCUCCUAUAGGUAGCCAGACACAUUGAUUACCUUUCGGAUUUUAGGAUAGAAAUCCAAGUAGAACACAUCAGUAAGAGCCUGUUUCUCCCAUCCCAUCUUCUAGAAUCACAAUACUCAGUAACUGAAGUAAGAGCUCUCCUUGAGUCUGUUGUAAAAUGUCUAUAUUUUUAGAUGCCACUACUUUUUUCUAAAAUGCUUGUUUUGUGAAUUUCAUUUCAUAUUUCACUUCAGACCAGUGGUUGAAAUUGGUAGGUCUCUCCUGAGACCUGUUUCUAUUUUGCAGACAUUCUUUCCAUUCCUUGUCUCUCUGGACUGUCCACUGCAUUAGUGCGCAGACUGUGUGAUACAGAAGGUUUCUGCCUUGUCCCCGUGUGCAUGGUAGCUCGUGUCCUCUACCUGUGCAUGUGGAUGUUUGUGCUGUGUCCACCUCCGCAACUGGCCACAGGGAAGAUCAACUUCAGCCCUGUCAGAUUGUCCCUGGCAGCAGCUACUAAUAAUUAUUCAUGCUUUGGAAUUUUUUUCAGUUCUUAAAACCCUUUGUCCAUUUCAGUUUCAUUUUCUCAAUUUGUACAAUAUAUGCAUAUUCUCUUCUUCCCUUUUGUCACCCGCCCCGUUUUGUUUUUUAAUGUUCUCUAGUUUUGUACAAGAUGAGACUUAGCCUUGGGUACUUCUUGCUGAAGCUUUAAUGCGUUGUAAAUAAAAUUGGAUGUUUAUUAAAGAACAGGGGUAGGUGCUUGUUUGUAGACACUGGUCACAUCUCAAACUCACCAGCCACUUUGCCAUGUACGAUGGAGAAAUGCGCUUACUCUGUUGAUGUGAGAUCUUCUUUCUGUUUGGAAAUACAGAGCUGGGAAGGGUAGUGGGGGUCAGGUAGUCCAGAUUUCUGCCUCUAGACAAGAUUAUAAAUAAACGAUUUAAACAAAAAGUUGGUGUUAAAAAGAUCAUCUAGGAACGAUCUCUCUUCAAAUUCUGUAACUCAGUAUAAGUGUGUGUACCUACUCUGUAGAGGCCACAGUGCCUCGAGGCCUUCUGGAGGUUACAAAAACGCAUGCGAAGAGGUUCCUGCCUUGCAACGAUCUUUCUUGAAGUUUAAGUGCAGUUAAAUUCCUCUGUAUUAGCCUUCUCCCCGCUGCCUUGAUUAAAUAGCUUCGAAAUCCAUUGAAUACUCAUCGUCUCCUAAAGAAUAAGAUGUUUCAUAAAGUUUCUGUCUUUGAUUUUAAUCAUCACCAAAUCUGAGUUGGUAUUUACUAAUCUUUUUUGUCACAUGACUGAGAAUCUGUCUUUGACAUCAUAGCGGUUUCCUAGCAACCUUGGCCCCAGUGAAUGGUGAGCUCCUCUGUUCUAGAGGGUGAAGGGAGUAGGCCGAGAAGCAGGGAGAAUGAGGUGUCCUCUCCCCCAGAGUAGACCCUUGGUGCCCUUGGGGAGGAGGAGUGCCUGGCAAGGGGAGAGGCGCUGCGUUGGAUAUUGCCUGUCUUGCUGAUCAACAUUCAGAUUCUAAAAGGGCUCUGGGCCCUUAUCUUCAUAAAUUUUCAUUUCUGUUUAAAAUUCCUUAUACAUGAACAGGGUUUCACACUUUAUAAAGUGUUUUCAUGUACAGUUUUAUCACAUGAUGCUCCAAGUGACCUUCCUGCAAUAGGCAAGGAGGUCUUAAUUUACAAAGGAGGAAGUAGAAAUAGAAAUGCAGGAAGGAUAAGUCACUUGCCUCCGAGUCCAGAGUUCUUGAUCCUUUUUAUAGGAGGUUUAGGAGCAUUUAAAGUUAAUAAUAACUUAAUUCAAGUUAAUCCUCUCCUUUUUUUAGACUUGGUAUUUGAUUUCUUAUUUGGUCAGAUUUAACUGCGAUUUUGAAACCUUUUAAUUUAGAUUCCACAGUUUGGAGGGGAGGGGAAAGGGUGAGGAAGAGUAUGGCUUUGCUAUGCAUUUGAGGUAAUUUGGAGAUUCGCUUCAGCUUCCGACGUCUUUUCAUCUUUGUCUUCCCAAGAGGUGGAUUUAAAUAUUCAUUAAAAGGAUGUAAAAAGAAUGGACUGGUAACGUGGUUGUUGACAAGCAGAGAUAAUAAAGGAGCAACAUUGUGACUUGUUUUCCUGCCCUGUGGCCUCGCCUGUUGAUAAGGACUGGACUUUUGUAAGUGGCACUGUUUUGUUGACAGCGCAUGCAUCCUAUCUUUUGACUUUGAAGGAUAUCUCAUGUUGAAGGAAUAAGGUUAUGAUAUCGUAAAGGAUUCAACUGGAAUAGCUUGGGGUGCUGGCUGUGGGUGCUG